AUUACCAUUUAAUUUUAAAAAAACUAGAAGACAAACAAUUAAAAUUCCAUAUAACGAAAGUCAAUUUGUUGAUGUAUUUGGACCAUGGAUUCAACGAUACUCACCUUGCAAAAGAAAAUAUACAUGUCUUUUUAAAGAUCAAAGUGCUGAUACAACAAUAGCAAUAAUAUUGCAAGAUACUGAAUGGAGUAGACAACCAGAAAUAAAAGUAGAAUGGUAUACUGAAACAAUAAUUGAUUCUCAUCAGAAUACAAUUUCUACGGGUUUUAUUGCAAUCAAAUUUCAGGUUGAUACUAUUAGUUAUCAAGUUCAAAGAUAA